UGCGUCUGAGUUACUGAUGGUGCGCAGAUUCAAAUAUGCACAAGAAUUCGUACAAAGCUGAUUCUAAUAGAUCAAGUUUAGUACAUUUAUACGGUUGGAAUCAACAGAAUGCAUUACUAUCUAUGUAUUGUAAACCAAUAUGUCGACCAAAUGGUCCAGGUAUUGGAGGUGGUGGGAAACCUGAUCGAUUCACAUACCAAAAACAAACAAGAAUCGGUAAAGAAUACAAAUUCUAUCAUUAUGAUGAUCCAAAUGCUUAUAUACUACAGUAUAGACGAGAUUGUACACUGACUUCAAGUAGUAAAGAUAAUUAUGAUAAAGGACCAUUAGAAAAUGUCAACAAGUCAGUAGUGGAUGGAAUAAACAAGUUAGAAAAUGAUAAUAUACAACAACCGGCUAAUAAUCAUAUUCAGAAAAAUGAAAGUCCCAUAGAGAACUCAGAUCCUAAACAACCAUCUAUAGUAGAAACAAAUAAUUCUCAACUUCAAUAUGAACCAGAGAUAAAGCAUACAAAGUCUACUCUUCCUAGUACUUUCAAUCGUCAUAUGUGGGUGAAUACCUGUCCUACGAGUGUAUUUCUUAAUAAUCGUUCAACCAAGAUCUUAAAUAUGGAUAUCAGUACCUCAAAAGUUAAUCACAUUAAACAAAGACGGAUGAAGAAAGAAUCACCUUUUGCAAGUAAAACUUGUUUAAGUCAACCUAAUACAGGAAAAUUAAAUGAUGUCAAUGUAACAAAUAAUAAUUCAAAUUUAUUAUCUAUUCCAUGUAAUAAAAGUGUAACAAGAUUAAAUAUUGAAUCAAGUAGAGAAGGGAUAAAUCUUCAUCAAUUAAUACGUGAUGCAAAUCAACCAGGAUUUUGGCCAUUAUUAUAUAAAAAGUUACUUGAAUUACAAGCUACUCAAUCUAAUAUGAUUGAAGAAGAUAUGAAUAUGAAAAAUGUUGAAUGAAUAUCGGAAAACUUCAAGUAUAUCAAGAGAUAAAGAGCAAAUAACUGCCUCUUUUUGUGUUACGUCAUCACCUCCAGUGGUAACUUAUGUCGACUUCAUGAUCAGACAAAUAUCCAAUACACAUCUAUUAUUUGAAUUCUUAACUUAUUCUCUAUUCCUUUGUGAAUUCAACAGUCUAUUGCACUGCUAAUUAUAUGCAGAAUGAGUUAUUUUCUGAGCUAGGGAUUUUGUUGGUAAACAUUUCAGUGUCAUGCUAGACAUUAUCAUCAUCAUCAUCAUCAUCAUCAG